AUGCGGACCUCCCGACCUGACCAGCCGUUUCGGGCGGUGCGGCACCAGUCGACCUCGGCUCUGGCGCUCGAUUCCGCGCUCGAAGCCACCGCCGCCGACGAGCCCUAUGACGACGGGACAGAUCACGUACGAUUUCCACCAUUGGAGCGGCUUCCGAAUGCCACCAAACUUCCCUCACCCUUGCCGGAACGGGCCUUGACGUCUGCCAAGCUAGCUGCCCUCCACGCCCGCCUGUCGUUGCCGCAGAAACUCCCGCUCCAGACGCUCGCGAGGGCGCUUGUCGACAUCUCUGCUGACGAGAACCCCCUGUUCAACAACGUCAAUCUCGCCUUUGUUGGCCAGACCAUCACCCACUACCAUGUCGCUGAGUGGCUGAUGUGCCGCUACCCCCGCCUGCCCAUGACCAUCAUGUAUGCCGCCAUGAAGGCCUAUGCCGGAGACGAAACCCUGCACAGUGUGGCGCGGUCAUGGGGUGUCGAGAGUGCCGCGGAGCCCGGUGGUGAGGUAGACUCGGGCCUGCUGCAAUUUUCCAUGUACAAGCCCGUCUCUCACAUCGGCUUCGGCUACGGGCGCAAGGACAACAGUCGAGUCGAGCAAGGAAGGUGGCGGCGCGGCAUCGCCAACAGAGUCCUCUUUGAUGACGAUUUCGGCGAGCAGAUCGGCUAUGAUACGAGAAAGAAGGCACAGAUCCCGACUUCGUCGCAGCGUACCUUUUCAUACGGCACGGAAGAAACCCGUGCGGCUGCCGAGAGAGCACACGCCGCUGCAGUGCGCGCCGUCGUUGGGUCAGUGUAUGCGCACUGCGGCCGCGAGGCGGGCAAGGCCUUCAUCCGGGCGCACAUCCUGUCGCGGACAAUCGACGUGUCGACGCUCUUCGAGUUCAAGUCGCCCGUGGUGGAGUUGGCCAGGCUGUGCCAGCGCGAGGACUUCGAGCCGCCCGUCGCCCGUCUGCUCUCCGAGACGGGCCGCCUGUCGCGCACGCCCGUCUUCGUCGUCGGCAUCUUCAGCGGCAAGGAUAAGCUGGGCGAGGCCGUGGCCGGCAACCUCGACCACGCCCGCUACAAGGCUGCCAUGAACUCCCUCAAGUCCUGGUACCUCUACAGCCCUGGCGAGAACGUCCGGGUGCCCAGCGAGAUGUUGGUAGAAGGCUCUAAGGCGUGGGAGCCCACAUACAUUGACAUUGGAGAGAUCAUCCACGGGUAG